AUGACCAGCAAGACUGAGCAUGACAUGGAUUUCGAGCUGUCACUGAGGCGGGCACUGUCUAGAAAGGUUGCAGCGUCUGCUUUUGUGUGCUUGCUCUUUCAGCUGUACGUGGCCACGGAGGCCAUCCUCAUUGCACUGAUCGGGGCCACACCGUCGUACCACUGGGACCUGGCGGGGCUCCUGCCCAACCAGAGCCACGGCAACCACUCAGCGGGCAAAGACGAGGCCUUCGGGGAAUGGCUUCUGACCGCCAACGGCAGCGAGAUCCACAAGCACGUGCAUUUUAGCAGCAGCUUCACCUCCAUCGCCUCUGAGAUCUUAGUGUCUAUUGAUGAAUCUUGUGUGAACCAACCUAGACAACGAUGGUGGCAAAGUGAUAUUUCUCAACCCAGCCAUUCUCACCCACUACUAGUCGGCAUCCUGCUUUGUGCUUGGUUUUUAAUCGCCAACAGAUCUUACAAAGUCAGUGUGGCAAGUUCCUUUUUCUUCAGUGGGGUGUUUGUGGGCGUGAUCUCUUUUGGUCAGCUUUCAGAUCGCUACGGAAGGAAAAAAGUCUAUCUCACAGGUUUUGCUCUUGACAUCUUAUUUGCUAUCGCAAAUGGAUUUUCCCCUUCAUACGAGUUCUUUGCAAUAACUCGAUUCUUGGUGGGCAUGAUGAAUGGAGGGAUGUCGCUGGUGGCCUUUGUCUUGCUAAAUGAAUGUGUGGGCACCGCCUACUGGGCACUUGCAGGAUCCAUUGGCGGCCUCUUCUUUGCCGUGGGCAUCGCCCAGUAUGCUCUGUUAGGAUACUUCAUCCGCUCCUGGAGAACCCUAGCCGUCCUGGUGAACCUGCAGGGGACAGUGGUCUUCCUCUUAUCUCUAUUCAUUCCUGAAUCACCUCGUUGGUUAUACUCCCAGGGUCGACUGAGUGAGGCCGAAGAGGCACUCUACCUCAUCGCCAGGAGGAACCGCAAGCUCAAGUGCACGUUCUCACUCACGCAUCCUGCCAACAGGAGCUACAAGGAGACUGGAAGUUUCCUGGAUCUGUUCCGUUACCGAAUCCUCUUAGGACACACCCUCAUCCUGAUGUUCAUCUGGUUCGUAUGCAGCUUGGUGUAUUAUGGCCUCACUCUGAGCGCAGGUGAUCUAGGUGGAAGUAUUUAUGCCAACCUGGCUCUGUCUGGCCUCAUAGAGAUUCCAUCCUAUCCUCUGUGCAUCUACUUGAUUAACCAAAAAUGGUUUGGUCGGAAACGGACAUUAGCAACAUUUCUGUGCCUAGGAGGACUGGCUUGUCUUAUUGUAAUGUUUCUUCCAGAAAAGAAAGACACAGGUGUGUUUGCAGUGGUGAACAGCCAUUCCUUGUCCCUGCUGGGGAAGCUGACCAUCAGUGCUGCCUUUAACAUUGUUUACAUCUACACCUCGGAGCUCUACCCCACCAUCAUCAGGAAUGUUGGGCUAGGAACGUGUUCCAUGUUCUCCCGAAUUGGUGGGAUUAUUGCUCCCUUCAUCCCCUCACUGAAAUAUGUGCAGUGGUCUCUCCCCUUCAUUGUAUUUGGAGCCACGGGCCUGGCCUCAGGCCUCUUGAGUUUGUUACUGCCAGAAACUCUUAACAGCCCGUUGCUGGAGACGUUUUCUGACCUUCAGAUGUACUCCUAUCGUCGGCUGGGGGAGGAAGCCCUGUCCUUACAGACCUUGGAUCCUCCGCAGCCUGCAGACAAGGAGAGCCCUGUAGGGAGUGAGAGUGAGGAAGAGGAAGAGUUUUACGAUGCAGAUGAAGAGACUCACAUGAUAAAGUGAAAAAGAGCCGGGACCCCUGCUCAGAAGCACAGGUUCCUCUUGUACACCUCUGGCCACGGCGGGUUCCCGGUGGGUCCUGGGAGAGCCGUACAAAGACAGGCUUGGCCUGAACAGGCGCAGCUGGGUGUUCAGCAUGAACUGAUUCUUUUCAGGCACAAAGGAAGUUGGAGAAGAAAUUUCCUAAGAGAAUACCUCACUGCACCGAGGGAAUCGUUCUGGUCUAAAAAUCCAAGUUUGGUUCAGAAUCCUCACCUCGGGCCACACAGCUCCAGUAGUGCGCAUUCCAGGGUUAGGAGGCUGACUGGUGUCUAGAAGUUGGUUCAUGCUGCUCUUCCUUCGGCAUGAUCUGGAAGCAGAUAUGUAAAAUGUCUCACCAUUUGUGGGGGGGAUUUGAUAAACUGUCUUUAAACUGUA